AGGCUGGAUUUUUUGUCAGUCUCUCCUUGGACGGAAGAGGAUUUAGUACAGCAGCUGAUGCUUUCCUUCUGUUCAGAUUUUGGUGAAGAUGGUACAGUGGGAGCUUAUUCCUAAGGAAUCCAGGAAGAGCCUAUGGAGAUGGAGCAAGCAGUGAUAAGAAUGUGAAUUUUGACAGGUUUGGGAUGGGUUGCACUACUAGUGUGAUUCUGUUUAAAGGCAUCCGCACAGUUUUUGAAAGAAACUGUGCUUAUAUGUGCAAACAGCAAGGAGAGAAUAAUGCCCUUGAAUAUCCAGCUCACAGUUGGACAAAGGAAGAUUCAGGAUUGUUCAUCUACUCCUCUCUGGCAAAACCAAAGCUAAUUGAGCCACUUGACUAUGAAAAUGUUAUUGUCCAGAAGAAGACUCAAAUCCUGAAUGAUGGUUUACGUGAAAUGCUGCUUUUUCCUUAUGAUGACUUCCAGACAGCAAUAUUGAGGCGACAGGGUCGAUAUGUAUGCUCAACAGUUCCUACAAAUGCUGAGAAGGAAGCCCAGAGCUUAUUUGUUACAGAGUGCAUCAAAACCUAUAACUCCGACUGGCAUGUUGUGAAUUAUAAAUUUGAAGACUAUUCUGGAGAGUUCCGGCAGCUUCCAAACAAAGUGGCAAAAUUGGAUAAACUUCCUGUCCAUGUUUAUGAAGUAGAUGAAGAGGUUGACAAAGAUGAGGAUGCAGCAUCCCUUGGAUCUCAGAAAGGUGGAAUAACCAAGCAUGGAUGGUUGUACAAAGGCAAUAUGAAUAGCGCUAUAAGUGUGACCAUGAGGUCAUUUAAGAGACGAUUUUUCCAUUUGAUUCAACUUGGGGAUGGAUCCUAUAAUUUGAAUUUCUACAAAGAUGAAAAAAUCUCCAAGGAGCCAAAAGGAUCAAUAUUUUUGGAUUCUUGUAUGGGUGUAGUUCAGAACAACAAAGUCCGGCGCUUUGCUUUUGAGCUCAAGAUGCAGGAUAAGAGUAGUUAUCUUUUGGCAGCAGAUAGUGAGUUGGAAAUGGAAGAAUGGAUUACAACACUCAACAAAAUUUUGCAACUUAAUUUUGAAGCAGCAAUGCAAGAAAAACGUAAUGGAGAAGCUCAUGAAGAUGAUGAACAAAGCAAAUUGGAAAGCUCUUCCUCCGGUUUAGAUAGUUACCUGCCUGAACUCGCCAAGAGUACCCGAGAAGCAGAGAUCAAAUUAAAGAAUGAAAGCAGAGUUAAACUCUUUGUCUUGGAUCCAGAUGCCCAGAAGCUUGACUUUAUGGGACUUGAACCAGAAGUAAAGCCAUUUGAAGAGAAGUUUGGGAAAAGAAUUCUUGUUAAAUGCAAUGAUUUGUCUUUUAAUCUGCAAUGCUGUGUUGCUGAAAACGAGGAAGGACCCACAACAAAUGUAGAGCCUUUCUUUGUGACCCUCUCACUGUUUGACAUAAAACAUAAUAGAAAGAUUUCUGCUGAUUUUCAUGUGGAUUUGAACCACUUCUCUGUGAGGCAAAUGCUACCUGGACCACCUCAGCACCUGGUAAAUGGCAGUGGAGAUAGUUUACAGAGGAUUCAAAGUUUCUUUCAUGAAGCCAUGUUGCAGUAUCCAAAGCAGGGAAUAUUCUCAGUCACAUGUCCCCAUCCUGAUAUAUUUCUUGUGGCUAGAAUUGAAAAAGUUCUCCAGGGAAGCAUCACACAUUGUGCUGAACCAUAUAUGAAAAGUUCAGACUCGUCUAAGGUUGCCCAAAAGGUGCUGAAAAAUGCUAAGCAGGCAUGCCAAAGACUGGGACAAUAUAGGAUGCCAUUUGCUUGGGCAGCAAGAACAUUGUUUAAAGAUUCAUCUGGAAACCUUGACAAAAAUGCUAGAUUUUCUGCACUCUACAGACAAGACAGCAAUAAGCUAUCAAAUGAAGACAUGCUUAAGUUACUAGCAGACUUCCGGAAGCCUGAGAAGAUGGCCAAGUUACCUGUUAUUUUAGGCAAUCUAGACAUUACAAUUGACAAUGUUUCUUCAGACUUUCCCAAUUAUGUUAAUUCAUCAUACAUUCCCAUGAAACAGUUUGAACACAGUACCAAAACUCUAGUCACCUUUGAAGUAGAGGAGUUUGUUCCCUGCAUACCAAAACACACUCAGCCUUUCACCAUCUACAAUAAUCACCUUUAUGUUUAUCCCAAGUCCUUGAAAUAUGACAGUCAAAAGUCUUUUGCAAAGGCCAGGAAUAUUGCAAUUUGCAUUGAAUUCAAAGAUUCAGAUGAAGAAGAUUCUCAGCCUCUUAAGUGCAUCUAUGGCAGACCCGGUGGGCCAAUAUUUACCAGAAGCUCUUCGGCUGCUGUUUUACAUCAUCAACAAAACCCAGAACUUUAUGAUGAAAUUAAAAUAGAAUUGCCCACACAGCUUCACGAAAAGCACCAUUUGUUGUUCACAUUCUACCAUGUCAGCUGUGAUAAUUCCAAUAAAGGGAGCACGAAGAAGAAAGAUGUUGUUGAAACUCAAGUUGGAUAUUCUUGGCUUCCACUCCUGAAAGACGGAAGGGUGGUAACCAGUGAGCAGCACAUCCCGGUAUCAGCUAAUCUCCCAUCUGGCUACCUUGGCUACCAAGAGCUUGGAAUGGGCAAGCAUCAUGGGCCAGAAAUUAAAUGGGUGGAUGGAGGCAAACCACUGUUGAGAGUUUCAACACAUCUUGUUUCUACUGUGUAUACUCAGGAUCAGCACUUACAUAAUUUUUUUCAGUACUGCCAGAAAACAGAAUCUGGAGCUCAGGCCUUAGGAAACGAUCUUGUAAAAUAUCUUAAGAGUCUGCAUGCAAUGGAGGGUCAUGUCAUGAUAGCUUUCCUACCCACCAUACUCAAUCAGCUCUUUCGAGUUCUCACCAGAACAACCCAAGAGGAAGUAGCAGUCAAUGUGACCAGAGUCAUUAUCCAUGUGGUUGCCCAAUGUCAUGAAGAAGGAUUGGAGAGUCACUUGAGGUCCUAUGUAAAGUAUGCUUAUAAAGCUGAGCCAUAUGUUGCUUCGGAAUAUAAGACUGUGCACGAAGAACUGGCCAAAUCCAUGACUACGAUCCUGAAACCUUCUGCCGACUUUCUUACCAGCAAUAAACUCCUCAAGUAUUCAUGGUUUUUCUUUGAAGUUUUGAUAAAAUCCAUGGCUCAGCACCUGAUAGAAAACUCAAAAGUCAAGUUGUUACGAAAUCAGAGAUUUCCUGCUUCCUAUCAUCAUGCAGUUGAAACAGUGGUUAAUAUGUUGAUGCCACAUAUUACUCAGAAAUUCAGAGACAAUCCAGAGGCCGCAAAAAAUGCCAACCAUAGUCUUGCAGUCUUUAUAAAGAGAUGUUUCACCUUUAUGGACAGAGGCUUUGUUUUCAAACAGAUCAACAACUACAUCAGUUGUUUUGCACCUGGAGAUCCAAAGACCCUUUUUGAAUUCAAGUUUGAAUUUCUUCGUGUAGUGUGCAAUCAUGAACACUAUAUUCCUUUGAAUUUGCCAAUGCCAUUUGGAAAAGGCAGGAUUCAGAGAUAUCAAGCUUUUCUUUCACCAACUGUGGAGUCGCAUGACACUCCUAUAGAUCUUCAGCUUGACUACUCAUUAACAGAUGAGUUCUGCAAGUACCAUUUCCUAGUGGGCCUACUGCUAAGGGAGGUGGGAAAUGCCCUACAAGAAUUCAGGGAUGUCCGGCAGAUUGCAAUUAGUGUGUUGAAGAAUCUGUUGAUCAAGCAUUCUUUUGAUGACAGAUAUGCUUCAAGGAGCCACCAAGGAAGGAUUGCUACUUUAUAUCUACCUCUAUUUGGCCUACUAAUAGAAAAUGUCCAGAGAAUCAAUGUGAAAGAUGUGUCACCCUUCCCGGUUAACCCUAGCACCAAUGUAAAGGAUGAAUCACUGAAUAUGCCGACUGCAAAUCCAUUAGUAACCCCACAGAAAUCAGGAAACACACUGGAUAACAACCUACAUAAAGACCUCUUCGGUGUUAUCUCUGGCAUUGCAUCACCCUAUACCACAUCAACACCAAAUAUCAAUAGUGUGAGAAAUGCUGAUUCAAGAGGCUCUCUCGUCAGCACUGAUUCAGUGAACAGUCUUCCAGAAAGGAACAUCGAGAAGACCAAUUCUCUUGACAAGCACCAACAAAGUGGUACUUUAGGGAGCUCAGUAGUCCGCUGUGACAAACUUGACCAGUCAGAGAUUAAGAGUCUACUCAUGUGCUUCCUAUACAUCUUAAAGAGCAUGUCUGAUGAUGCUUUAUUUACAUAUUGGAACAAGGCUUCGACCUCUGAACUUAUGGAUUUUUUCACAAUAUCAGAAGUAUGCUUACAUCAGUUCCAGUACAUGGGAAAGCGAUAUAUAGCAAGGAACCAGGAGGGGUUGGGACCCAUAGUUCAUGAUCGAAAGUCUCAGACAUUGCCUGUUUCCCGUAACAGAACAGGAAUGAUGCAUGCCAGAUUGCAGCAGCUGAGCAGCCUGGAUAACUCUCUCACAUUUAACCACAGCUACGGCCACUCUGAUGCCGAUGUUCUUCACCAGUCGUUACUAGAAGCAAACAUUGCCACUGAAGUUUGUCUCACUGCUCUGGACACUUUAUCGUUAUUCACAUUGGCAUUUAAGAACCAGCUCCUGGCUGAUCAUGGACAUAAUCCAUUGAUGAAAAAGGUUUUUGAUGUUUACCUGUGUUUUCUUCAAAAACACCAAUCUGAGACAGCUUUGAAAAAUGUCUUCACUGCCUUAAGGUCAUUAAUUUACAAGUUUCCCUCUACAUUUUAUGAAGGUAGAGCAGACAUGUGUGCUGCGUUGUGCUAUGAGAUCCUUAAGUACUGUAAUUCCAAGCUGAGUUCCAUUCGUACUGAUGCCUCCCAGCUGCUGUAUUUUUUAAUGAGGAAUAAUUUUGACUACACAGGAAAAAAAUCCUUUGUGAGGACACAUCUGCAAGUUAUCAUUUCUGUGAGUCAAUUGAUAGCAGAUGUUGUCGGAAUUGGAGGAACCAGGUUCCAGCAGUCCCUUUCCAUCAUCAAUAACUGUGCCAAUAGUGACAGGCUAAUUAAGCACACCAGCUUCUCAUCCGAUGUAAAGGAUUUAACCAAACGGAUUCGCACAGUCUUAAUGGCCACAGCUCAAAUGAAGGAGCAUGAAAAUGAUCCUGAGAUGCUGGUAGAUCUCCAGUACAGUUUGGCCAAGUCCUAUGCAAGCACUCCAGAACUCAGAAAGACAUGGCUGGACAGUAUGGCCAGAAUCCAUGUCAAAAAUGGGGAUCUCUCUGAGGCAGCUAUGUGCUAUGUCCACGUAACAGCCUUGGUGGCUGAGUAUCUUACAAGAAAAGGCAUGUUUAGGCAAGGAUGCACAGCCUUCAGGGUAAUUACCCCCAAUAUAGAUGAAGAGGCUUCAAUGAUGGAAGACGUUGGGAUGCAGGAUGUCCAUUUUAAUGAGGACGUAUUGAUGGAAUUGCUAGAACAGUGUGCAGAUGGGCUCUGGAAGGCUGAACGCUACGAGUUGAUUGCUGACAUCUAUAAACUCAUAAUUCCCAUUUAUGAGAAACGGAGAGAUUUUGAGAGACUAGCUCAUCUAUAUGACACUCUCCAUCGAGCAUACAGCAAAGUCACAGAAGUUAUGCAUACGGGCAAGAGACUUCUGGGGACAUAUUUCAGAGUGGCGUUCUUUGGGCAGCAAUACCAGUUUACAGACACUGAGACAGAUGUGGAGGGAUUCUUUGAAGAUGAAGAUGGAAAGGAGUAUAUUUACAAAGAACCUAAACUGACACCUUUGUCAGAAAUCUCUCAGAGACUAUUAAAACUUUAUUCAGAUAAAUUUGGUUCUGAAAAUGUCAAAAUGAUCCAAGAUUCUGGCAAGGUCAAUUCUAAGGAUUUAGAUUCAAAGUAUGCUUAUAUCCAAGUGACACAUGUAACCCCAUUCUUUGAUGAAAAGGAAUUGCAAGAAAGGAAGACUGAAUUUGAAAGAACUCAUAACAUCCGCCGUUUCAUGUUUGAAAUGCCCUUUACUCAGAGUGGUAAACGACAGGGUGGAGUUGAAGAACAGUGCAAACGACGUACAAUAUUGACAGCAAUCCACUGCUUCCCUUACGUGAAGAAGCGCAUUCCUGUGAUGUACCAGCAUCAUACGGAUCUGAAUCCCAUUGAGGUGGCCAUUGAUGAGAUGAGUAAGAAGGUGGCUGAGCUCAGGCAGCUGUGUGCCUCAGCUGAAGUGGAUAUGAUCAAACUUCAGUUAAAGCUACAGGGCAGUGUCAGCGUUCAGGUUAAUGCCGGCCCUCUGGCAUAUGCCCGAGCUUUCUUGGAUGACUCAAGUACUAAAAGAUAUGCUGAUAAUAAAGUAAAGCUCUUGAAGGAAGUUUUCAGGCAAUUUGUUGAAGCUUGUGGCCAGGCUUUAGCAGUAAAUGAACGUCUUAUUAAGGAAGACCAAAUAGAAUAUCAGGAAGAAAUGAAAGCUAACUACAGGGAAAUGGCAAAAGAACUCUCAGAAAUCAUGCAUGAACAGAUUUGUCCCACGGAAGAGAAGGCAAAUGUCUUACCUAAUUCACUUCACAUUUUCAAUGCCAUCAGUGGGACGCCGACAAGCACAACUGUUCAUGGGAUGCCUAGCUCUUCUUCACUUGCAUGAUUAUUCCUCAUCAGAAACUUGAGAGGAUGUGUGAUUUUCUUUUGUUAUUUACAAUCUCAAGAGGACUUCAGACUGAGAACACGGACAAAAAAUUGGGAAUGAGAAAAGUUGGAAAUAAACUGUUUUAUCGUAAACUUUCUAUAGAAGUACUAAAGGGAUGCACAUUUUUUUUUCAAUUCCACUGGCACUACAUACAGUUGUUACUAUGUCAUUAUGUCUCAGCAGAGGCAUGUGGUGGAAACUCUGCAGCUAGAGCUAAUGUUCCUUCUUCAUUACGCAGUAGUAUUAAAUAAAUGGCACAUUUAAAGAAAUGUUGGUGAAUGUAUGUAACAGUGAUAUUAACACUGUGUAGGGUUGGGAUAGCCUUAUGUUUUCUGGGCUAGGCUUGUGAAUGUUGAAAAUAUUUAGGUAUUCUCUAUUUUUCUCCCAUGGCACAUUCAGAUUGAGUACAAGGACAAGAACUAUUUUUGUGCCUAGAUAGACACUAGUUUUUGAUGAUCUAAGGGAACUGACAAUUAUAGUUUUUUGUACCAGUGAACAAGAAAGUAAAAGUCCUAUUUUAUACUUACUGGUAUUUGCAAAAUAUGUGAGCUUAAAACUGGUCACACCAUUUAGAACCAAAUGUCUGUAUUAAUAAAUACAGUUGUGCUACAAUUUAAAAAGCAGAACAAAAAUGACAUGUAUAUAAAGUUUGUUAAUACAGAAUCUAUAUUCUGUACAUAUGUGUAUGGCAUUUCUAUACUUUUUUUUUUUAAUACUCAUACCAGCUUCUGCAUUAAGUUUAAUUGUAACUGAUUUGUGAUGUUCUUCGUAUAGGCUCUAUAUUUGACUCGACAGUUUUAUUCUUGUACAUAAAUAAGUGCAAUAUGAAGAUGUAUACAGUCUUUGCUCUCUUAGGUUUAUACACUGUUUAAAAAAAUUCAUCUUUUUUGCCAAAAUGAUGGUUUAGGAAUUGGUAAUCAUAAAUCCUGUGGUCAACAGUGGCAUAAUUUAAAGCUUUUACCAUGUUGUUCUUUUAAGACAUUAAUUUAGUAAUUUUAUAUUUGGGAGAAUAAAGGUUUUUAAUUUUAUUUAA